AUGGUAUACCAAGGUGGUCCUUUUACUCAACAAGAAAGCUUCUUUAAGCCUCAAAACCCAAUGAGCAAGGAGAACACUGCCUUUGAGGACGCUCUUGUCAUCUUCCCGGAAGACAUCCCUGAGCCGGAGCGCUGGGAGAAAGUCGCCGCUCUUGUCCCCAGAAAAUCGCCGGCUGAGGUCCGAGAACAUUAUCGCGUGUUGGUCCAUGACUUGAUGGAGAUUGAGGCCGGUCGAGUCUCAUUACUGGUUUACUCCGAUGACAUACCGCUUUACUCUGAUGCAUGCGACGGGGGUAGUUACAUUAAUGCUGAUGGAGUGUUGACUCACUGGACUCUGGAGCAGAACACUGCCUUUGAGGACGCUCUUGUCAUCUUCCCGGAAGACCUCCCGGAGCCGGAGCGCUGGGAGAAAGUCGCCGCUCUUGUCCCCGGAAAAUCGCCGGCGGAGGUCAGGGAACAUUAUCGCGUGUUGGUCCAUGACUUGAUGGAGAUUGAGGCCGGUCGAGUCCCAUUACCGCUUUACUCUGAUGACUUGCCGCCGGUGCAGGUGAAGAACAACAGUGGUACCCAUAGAAAGAAAGGGGUGGCAUGGACUGAAGAGGAACACAAGUGA